AUGGACGCCGGGCCAGCACAGAACGUGCAGGCCAGCGACGACGUCUCAAAAGCUGCGGCGGCCACAUCGUCGCGCAGCGCCAACGCACGACGCUGCUGCGCUCCCGACGGCCAAGAGAAUGGUCAGGAGCCAAACUCGACGGGCUUCGUCAGCGAUGCACGGCUGGCCUCGCUCAGCGGCAGCGUUAUGCGCGAUGUCCCUCUCUCGGACCACUUACGCUUACGCUCGGACCGCUCGUCGGAUCAAGACAACGCCGGCGGGCAUGCUUCGCCGAGCACUGACCCCCCGCCGCCGCUCGCGUCCCGCGGGGCGCUGAGCGCCGUCAGCCGUGCGCCAGGAGGCGGGCGUGGCGGCGGCGGCGCCUUCCAGUCGCCGCCAGAGUCGGUCAAGCCCUCCGAGUCGCUCAUCGCGCCGAUGGCACAGGUGAAGUGCCCUCUGUGCUUCCAGUACUUCCACCCCGACGUGAUCGAAGGACAUGCCGCCACCUGCGGAGACCCCCCGCCGCCGCCUACCAACUCGCCCUUCCCGACCGAGCCGCGACGCAUCGCCGACGCGCCGCCGCCGCGUCACGCCGAGAAGCAGCCCGACCAGCUCUUUCACAAAUGGGUCGACAUGCUCGAGAUCAUCGAAACCUUGCAGCGCGCCGUCGUCACCGUCCACAAGCCGGACGAGAAUAUACUCCAAGCCAGGCUCACAGCGAAAGUGCGCAACUUUCGGGUGCGGGUGCCGUGGAUCCGCGAGAAGCUCGGCCUCCCGCCGCCGCACCAGCCGUACCUGCUCGCCAUCAAAGAGGCGAGCGAGAAGGCGGGCCUCGCCUCCACCACCGCCGGGCUGCUGGUUCAAUGCGACCGGCUCGAGGAGGCGCUGCGCCUCUGCGACGAGCUUUGGCGCGACGGCCUGCAGCUGCCCUCCGAUGGCACGACCCUGCCCAAGCAAGUCGAGGUGAUCUGCACGGCGCUCUCCCUCCCGCGGCGGGGCCUGCUCGAUACGCUGACCGAGGCGCACAAGCGGAUGUUUGAGGACGAGGCGACGGAGCCCGGGGCGGCGCCAUUCCAGGCGGCGCUCCCCGAGAAGGUGGCGCAGAUCGCAAACGUGCUCGGCACCGACUCGCUGCCCGUCGGGGGGAGCCUCGUCGACACGCUACACGCCGCCAACGAGAUGGUGGGCCUGCAGGGCGAGGGAGGGCUGGUCGAGCAGGCCGACCGGCUGCUGGAGAUGAUGCUGCGUCCGCUGACACAGCAGGCGGCGUCGCCCUCCUGCUCGCCGCUCACCAAGGCCGGCAAGACCAGCGUCAAGACCAGCGUCAAGACCGGCGAGCCGUCGCGGCUGUUCAAGGCGGACCGUGGGCGGCUCGUGCUCGAGCGGACUGACCAGCUCUCCGCCAAGGCCGUGGCAGCGGCGAGCGGCGAGAGUGCGGGGCCACCUUCGCCCUCGUCGCUCUCGGCCAGGAAGUCCAGCUCCAAGCCCACGCCGCCACCCGAGCCGGAGGGCGUGGCACCGGCGCCCAGCCCCCUCGCGAGGGCGUCCUCGUUGCCGGCGGGCAAGACCAAGGACAAGCCCGCUCAGCUGAGCGCUGCGGCCGAGAAGAGCCUCUCUGCGUUCGCCGGGCCGACGCCGCCCAAGGCCGCCCCCGUCAGCGCCCCUCUCCUGUCGGAGGCAGAGAUGAAGCCUCGGGUGGCCCGCUGCGAGGAGUCCCUCGGCAUCGAGCCCGCGGAUACGGCCACCCUCGCGCAGCGGAUCGGCAAGCUGGAGCGCAGCCUCGGCCUGGCGAGCAGUGCGAGCGACGGCACCCUCGAGGAGCGGCUCGUCGCCAUCGAGAGGGUGGGUCUGCCGCUCAGCCGCAUCGCCAACUCGGCCGCCUUCUCGCCGUCCGAGGGCAGCGAGAUCAAGAAGCAGCUCGUGGCGUUCGAGGCGAUGCUGCACGACGGCGCGCUGCGGCUGCGGCCAGGCCCCGAGGCGGAGCCGAGGGGCGUUCUGCGGCUGCUGACGGCCGCCUCAAAGGCCACCGCAAAGGCGGCCAAGGCAAAGCCGCCCCACGACAGCAAGCCUGCUCAAGACGAUGCGGCGCUGAGGCAGGCGCGCCGGAUGAACGACGCCAACGCGCGCCACGCGGCGGGCCUGCUGCUCGCGAGGAAGAUGGGGCGGGGCCACCUGUCAGAGCUGGGCGCACUCUCGAAGGGCGUGGGCGAGGCCGCCAUCGCCUCCCACUACGAGGACCUGCCCUUCCGGGCGAUGGAGCUGCUGUUUGAGCAGGCCGCGGUGAGCCCGAACGCGUGCCUGCGCGGGCUGCCCGAGGACGUGCUCCGCCUCUGUGAGCCGCACGUCGAGCGCGUCGGAGGCCUCUCCCACUCCGAUGCUCUGAUCGGGCUCGGCGUCUGCGUGCGGGCCGGCCGCGUCGACCUCCUCAACGCCCUCUUGGCGAUGCCCCUCACGGCGGGAUCGCACCAGGCACGCUCUGAGCUGGUCCGGCGAUGCGAACGCGACCUCGGUGUCGCGGCAGAGGCGACCCCCACCGAAGACGGCAGCGACGCUUUCCUCCUGACCUUCACUGGUACGACCGAGCCGCACAAGACGGCCGGCGCGCUGCGCGAGAUCUACGGGAGCGUGAGUGCGCCAGUGCGGUGCGAGGUGGAGGAGGAGAAGCGCCUCACGACGAUGACGUUGUCGAGCAAGGAGGUGGAGCGUGAGAGGGGGCAGGAGAAGGACGUGGUGGCGCACGCGGAGAAGAAGAUCGAACAAGCCCGAGACUAUCAGACCGAAUGCGAGACAUACCUGAAAUUUCUCGCCUCACCGGAGCAUCAGCAGAACUACAAGAAGGCGUCGCUCCGCUGCGCGCGCGAGGCGCAUCUGCAAGCGGGCUGGGCACGGCUCCUCUUUGGCAUCCGCCUCAGCGAGGCCACGCCGGAGGCUGGCACGCUCGUCGUCAAGUCAAAGCCGGCGCCAACCAAGCCGCCGACCAAGCCGCCGACCAAGCCGUCGACCAUGCCGCCGAUCACGGAGGCAUCCCCGGCGACUCCCAAGCCCUGCGUGGACACGAAGACGCGGGCAGAGGACCCCAAGGUUGCGGAGGAGACACGGCAGUCGAUGCUCAAGGACCUUUCUAGCAGGCUGAGGGACUUGAAGGGGGCGUUCGGCGUGAGCAUCUCUUUUCCGGCGAAGCGCUGGGUCUGUGCUGACGGGCGCGCUGGAGACAUCGAGCCGUUCAAGUGCGAUUCCGACCCGGCGCCGCGCGCAAGCUCGUCCACGCGCGACUUCACGCAGGAGCAGGCGGAGAAGGCCAUCCUCUUGGAGCACGAGGAGGACGCACUCGAGCCCACGAUCGAACCUGAGGAGCUCGCGGAGGUCAUCCGCAAGACACCCGAGUACAUCAAGCAGAAGGAGCUAGAGAUCGCCAACUUCAAGCACAAGGCCAAGGAGCGCGAGCAGAAGUGGCUCGCUGCACGCGCGGCGGUCACGCAGGCGGAGACAGAGGAGGCCGCCGCCGAGGUGGACCUCGCCGCCAAGGAGGGCAAGCUGAAGCAGUUGAAAUACUGCCAUCGAGUGCAGCUCCGGCUGCCGCGCCAGACGGUGGCAAGCCUCGUCGGGGAGAGCCGGACGCUGAGCGCCUGCCUGCUCAAGUUCGACAACGCGUCGAUCGGCUGCCGGCUCGCCCUCGCGCCGUCGGGCCACGGGCUCGUCGUGAGCGACGUCGCGGAGGGCUGUGCCGCCGACGCCGCAGGUCUUCUCUCAGACGACGUGAUCCUCAGCGCCAGCGUGAUCGCACGCGGGGACGAGACGCUCAAGGAGCCGCUCCUCGUCAAGGACGCGUCGGCCAUCGCCUGCGCGCUCUCGCCCGCCGACGCAUCGCUGCGCCUCUUCCUGGGCAGCGAGGAGCUCCGCUUCGAGGAGCACCGGAUGAUGGCCGAGGACGACUUUGUGCGGUGCUACCGAACCUACUGCUGCGACAACGACCUCGUGCCGCUCGGCUCGGAUGCCGCGAGCGGCUUCGACGUCUUUGCCGACCAGGCGCUGCAUGACCCGAAGAAGCCGCUUGCUGGGCUGGCCGGCGACGAUCUCGACCAGCAGCUCCGCAGCCUGUGGGCAGGAGCUCGCCCGGAAACGCGCAAGAAGUGCGACGACUUCGCGCACAAGGCCCGCCGCAGCACCGGCCCCCUCACUGUCGCUGCCUUCUGCGCCUUCCGGGACAAGCAGCUGGCGCGGGUCCGACGCGAGUGGUCCGCGUGGCCGCAAGAGAGGGUGGACAAGAAGCUGCUCGAGCUGUCGGGCGUCAGCGUCCCCGCCGAGCGGCGGCAGAAGCUUCUGCGCCUCGCCACCGACCAGGCGCGCAAGCUGUCCAAGCCGCACUGCUCGGAGGCGCUCUCCGACUUCAAGCUACAGGCAGUCUCCCACCGCCUGACCGACGAGGCUGGCGUCGUGACCGCACUCGCCGCUCUCGAGUCCUCGCUGACCAAGCUCCUCGGCGCCGGCGGGGUUGUCGAGCAGAUGGCCACCUUCCUCGAGAGCGACCUGGCGAGCGACGCGGACGAGUGGGCGUCGCUCCGCGACUGGGUUCUGGAGAUGCGCCGCACUCACCUCGAGCUGGUCCGCGCCAAGCGGUACGACGAGGCGACCGCGCUGCUCGACUCGGCCAAGGAGAACGUCGAGGGGCGGCGCGAGGCGCUGCUGGCCAGAAUGAACGAGAAGAAUGAGGAGGCGAUGGCGGAUGCUGCCCAGUAUCGCGCACGCCCCGUCGAGGACGAGAACACGUUGGAGAUGGACCACGCGGCGGCCGCCGAGGUCGAAGCGAAGGAGGUGCGCGCCGCGUUGAACAAGAGCUUGCUCGGAAAGGAGAAGGCGUUCCGGGUGGCGAAGCAUCGCGCUGUGGCGGAGCAUGACGGCCUGACGGCUGCAGCGGCGAUGGCUACCCUGAACGGAUCGCUCGUGGAGAAGGAGUACUUGGAGGCAAAGGAGGCGUCCGAAAACGCCGAUGCCGACGCCAGCCGCGCCAACUCGCUUUUGCGCAACCUCGAGCGAGAGGCGCGCGAGCGGGCGGCGAAAGCCAAGCGAGAGUACGAGGCGUCGGCGGCCUUGAGGGCGGCGGCUCAGGCGCACAGCCAAAAGGCGUCGAGGUUGCUCCAGGCAGCCGAGCACCAGCUCGAGUCGCUCGCCGAGCAGGCCGACGCCCACGCGGCAGUGCGGGCCAUGCUGAGGAGCGCAAAGACGACCCGCUUCGUCCGCGGGUGCAGCACCGGCGGCGCCCGCCCGAGCGGCAUGCCCGCCAUCGCCGAGGCCGAGGAUGAGAGAGAGGCGGUGGAGGCGCCGCACCAGCAGCAGGUCAUCACGCUGCAGCUGCAGGUCGAGCGCAAGAGUGCCAUCCGGCUCGCCGUCGAGCGGCGCAGCGUGCCAGCGCUGCAGGCGCUACUCUCUGCCGCGGCCGCAGGCGCCAAGGCCAGCUGGCAUGAGGCGCCAGACGUGCGCCGCGCGCUCGCGGACGCGUGGCGCGGCGCGCUCGCUUGCCCGCCGGUCGACAACAGCGUCGUGCUCGGCCCUCGGUCUGCGGCGCAGGCCGACGCCCUCGGCGGGUGGCGGGCGCCUCUCGAGUGCUUGUGGCAGGCGCUGCCCGCCGGCGCACUCACGCGGUGGUCUCUCGGCGCUGCCACCGAGGGCGAGGUCGAGGCGUGCCUCGCGUCGGAGUCGCGCACGACCAACGGCGUGCUGGCCGGUGUGCUCCGCUCCGACGACGGCUCGUUGCAUUCGCUGCUGGAGUUGCUCCUGAGCCAGCGCGCCGCCGACCCAAAGGCGGGGCCGCACGCCCUCGACCGGCUGAGGAAGAGACUCGGCGAGUGCGGCAUCGACGAGGAGAGCAAGCCCGGCACGCCGCUUGCGCCAGGAGCGGCCCUGUCGGUGCUCGCUGGCGCGCCAGCGGACCAGGAGCUCUGCUCGCUGCUCGAGGGCAUCGCCGCCCUGCUGCCCUUUGAGGUUGGAGGGGCGCCACCGCUGCUUGAAGCGCUGCAGGAGGCGGCUGCGGGCGACGUGCGCCCUCGUGCCCUGCUCGUGGCGCACUUGUGCGAGGAGGCUGCCGACCUGAGCUCGGGCUGGUCGCCCCUGCAUGUCGCGGCGUGCAUGGACGACGUCGAGGCGACCGAGGCCCUCCUGCAGGCGGGCUUCUCGGCGCUGGCUGAGGCGCCGCUCACGGGCGCGACGCCGCUCUCGUGCGCCGCUGUCUGCGGCAGCCAGCGCGCGCUCACCUCGCUCUGCGCGUUCCAGCUCCCAGCUAUCGAGGCGGAGUCCAUCAAGACGGAUGCAGAGAUGAGGGCGGCGCUGACGCGGCUGCUGCCCGCGGUGGCGGAGCAGUGCGACGAGUCCUCGGUCACUCGGCUCGGGCCGAUGCUCACCUUGCUCGUGCGCCACGGCGCCAACCCCGCCGCGCAGAGCGAGCCGUUCGAGCUGAGCGCUGGCAGCCCCGCCCGCUCCCUCUCCCCCUUCGAGAUGCUGCUGCGGCAGUGCCUCCCGUGGCUCGCGUGGGCGCACCUGGGGCUCGAGAGCAGCAGCGGGCAGGCAGAGGCGGCAGCGUGGCAAGCCGCGGCGCAGAGCCUCGCCGUCGGCACGGCAUUCGCGCGGCCCUCUGAGGGUGAGCCGCCCUCCGCCGCCGCGGUGGGGGCGCAGGCUGUCGGCCGGCUCCUCCUUGCGUACGUGCCGUUUGGCAUCUGGCCGGCGAAGGCGCAGGAGGAGCUGAGGACGGCGCUCGUCACCAGGCAGGAUGGGCGGUGGGCUGACGCGCCACUGCACGCCUUCGCCAUGGCGCCGCACGCGGCUCUGCUUCCCGUCGCGCUGCUCCAAGGCGACGCCGACCCCAACCUGAGGUGGCCGGACACAGGCCGUUGGUGCGGCCAGUCGGCGACGCACCUCGCCGCCGCGGGCGGGCUGUACGUCUGGGGGCGCGACAGGGACCGACCGACGGUGCGCAGUGGCGGCGAGAGUGGCGCCGACCUGCUCAGGCUGCUGCUCGACCCGCUGCUCGGGAGGGCCAACCCGCUGCAGCGCGACGCGCGCAGCAACCUGCCGCUGCACCUCUGCUGCGCCAUCGACGACCGCGCGGUGGCAGGCCUCCUCGCGGCGCAGCCGGAGAUGGGCGCCCACAGCUUCGAGGGCUACGGGACGCAGAACCGACGGCACGUGACGCCGCUCGCGCUCUGUGACGCAAGCGGCGGCGUGGCGGCGCUCGUGGCCAAGCUGCGCGAGGAGGCCGCGCGGCUGGCGCAAGCGGCGGAGGAGCGGCUGCGCGCCGCGGGCGGCACGCUGCCGUCGAUCGAUUCGAUCCUCCGCCCCGAGGCGAGCGUGGCCGAGCUGCUCAGCCUCCGCGGCGCCGCCACCGGCGCCACGUCCAAGGCCGCCAAGUCCAAGCGUGCCGCUUCACCCCGCGCGCCGCCGACGCACAAGCCAGAGAACGGCGAGGCGGAGGCAGAGGCGGAGGCGGAGCCUUCACCGGCGAGCCUCGUGGUGAGUGGCGAGGAGCGCAGCCGGAAGCUCGUGAAGCGUCUCUGCUUCGGCGCCCAGCCGAUCCGCGUCGUCCUCACGCGGCACGUCUGGCUGCAGCUGACGAUGAUGGACGUCGCCAGGCGGCGCAAGGCGCUGGCGCUCUUCCACACGCUCGCCUCUGGCGCGGGCGAGGCGACGUCGAGCCCUUGCCCCGGCUCGGAGGCGGUGCCGCUGCGCGUCAGCGCGAGCCUGGGCAAGGGCGGCGAGGCGGUCUUCGCCGUCGUGUGGGAGCGGAGCAGCGAGGGGCGCCCCUUCUUCGAGGCUGCGCGCGGCGCCGAGGCGAUCCGCGUGUGGUCGAUCGAGACCUCCGACGUGUCGCUGCACGAGGUGGCGCUGUACGUCGAGGAGGCGUGGGCCUACGGCGAGAGGGGGCGGCGCGACACCGAGGGCCGCUUCCCGAUGGGCACCACCAACGAGCUCUCGCACCCGAGCGACAAGUGGCACCCGGUCCACGCCGAGGACGGCGGCGAGCUGGCGGUACCCUACGUCAUCAAGUGGUACGCCGUGAGCGACACGCUGCCCAAGCUCCUCCUCCUCAACCCGGACGUGCAGGACGUCCAGCUGCCGCUCCUCCUCGACGCGCACGAGGAGGCGCUCGUGCCGCCGCCGCAGCCGACCUGCUCCACGCUGCUGGUCGGCCGCUCCGGCACGGGCAAGACGUCCCUCUGCAACGAGCUCCUCUACCGCACCCACGCAGCCAACGAGCGGCGCCGCGUCGCAGAGCAGCGCGUGGCUGAGGGGGCGCCGGCCCGUCUGGAGGCCGAUGGCGAGGGCGCGCCGCCGCACGCCAACGUGCUCUUCCUCUGCAAGAGCCGCACUCCCGAGCUGGACGCGCCCCUCUUCCUCUCCUCGUCCGAGUGGCUGGUGCUGCUCGACCGCUGCCUGCCGCCCGACCAGCGCUGGUUCAAGUCCGACCAGGAGGGCUUCGGCCGGCUGCUGCAGGGCCACAGCUCGCUCAAGGACAAGCAGCUGCACGUGGGCGCGCUCUACCGCGAGGUCUCGCUGCCCCAAGCCACACCGUUGUCGCCCGCCCCGCCGCCUUGCCCUACAUCGCCAAUCGCCACCACUAUCCUCGCCGCCGGAGCCCCGUUUGGCACCGCCGCCACCGUCGCCACCUGAGCCUGUCGAGGACUGGGGCUCCACUCGAGGUCAUGUUCAUAGAUUCCAAAGCAUUG